GCUGGAUGUCAUGCUCGCACGCUGUGUUAAACACAGGACGUUGUUCGGACAGCACACGUGACUGUUUGUGUGUGUGUGUGUUUUUUGUUUUUUUUACUGCUAGCGAUACUUAUUAUCUGUGAAAAGUGUUUAUGUCACUAUGGAUACGUAACAAACGUGUCACUGUGAUGAGCGAACGAACGGCUUUCUUAUAUCUUCUAAUGAUAGGUGUCGCAACGUACGGUGUACGGCAGGAGAACUCGGAUCGUAGAGUCGUACGUAUGGUGGUACUUGCACCUGAUGACAACGCUUUACCGUACUCGCUGUACAAAGUCUUGUCGGCCGUACUGUAUGCUGUGAGGAGUCUAGAACGGGACAGUCCGGCCGGGCGAUUUAUACAAGUUCACCACCGCAACACUCAGUGCUCGUCCACCUAUGGUCCACUAGCGGCUUUUGACUUCUAUAACCUGGGUCAAGUGGACGUAUUCCUUGGACCUCUUUGCCCGUAUGUCCUGGCGCCUGUGGUGCGUUACGCCUCGGUAUGGGGAGUGCCCUUACUCACGGCCGGCGGACAGAACGAAAAUUUUGACCGUAAAAAACCCCAUUACACGCUGUUGACCCGCAUGAACGGUUCCUACUCUCAAAUUGGACAAAUAUUUAUAGAGAUUCUCCGUAAGUUCCACUGGCAGAUAGUAUCGUUCCUGUUUAAUAACUUUGACGAUAAAACCCGAGGGCAUUCUAACUGUUUCUUUACUCUCGGAGCAGUAUCUACAACACUUGGUCAACAAUCGAACUUCUACAGACAAUUUGAUGAAACAAGUUCCACCACUGACUACCAUUUGCUUCUUAACGAAAUGGCCUCACAUUCCAGAAUAAUUGUCAUGUGUGCCUCUCCAGAUUCAAUUCGGGAAAUUCUUCUGGCUGCUGAAGAACUAAAAAUGGUGGACAGUGGUGAAUAUGUUUUCUUUAGCAUUGAGCUGUUUACAAGUAAAAAUGAAAGUCGACAGCCUUGGUACAGAGAAAACGACACACGAGACAGGAACGAACGAGCCCGUAAAGCUUACGAAGCUUUAUUGACUGUAACAGCCCGAGUUCCCGAGACUCCGGAAUAUGCCGAAUUUUCUCGAGCAGUGAAGAAAAUCGCUCGAGACCAGUUCGGAUUUGAUUACGGAAAGGAGGGGGUGAACACUUUUGUGACAGCUUUCCACGAAGCCGUAUUUUUGUACGCUUUGGCAGUGAACGAAACGCUAGCCGAGGGAGGAAGUAUUACCAACGGAAGUUACGUCACCCAGAAAAUGUGGAACCGGACAUUCGAUGGAAUUACUGGAAAAGUCAGUAUUGAUGCUAAUGGCGACAGAAAUGCCGAUUACAGUUUGAUGGACAUGGAUCCAGUUACAGGAUUAUUUGAGGUUGUGGCUAACUACCAUGGUGUUACUAAACGGUUUGAAAAUGUGGUCGGUAAGAAAAUCCAUUGGGCGGGUGGACGUUCAGAGCCACCUCCUGACACCCCUGUUUGUGGAUUUGAUGGUUCCAAGUGUCCGGAUGAGAAGUUUCCUCAGUACGCUAUCGUAAGUGCUGUUUUGAGUGGCUUACUGGUAGUUCUUUCUGCAUCUUCGUAUUUCGUAUACAGGAGGAUUAAGCUGGAAGCAGAGUUGAACUCAAUGACCUGGAAGGUCAAGUGGGAAGAUAUAAUUACUGACGACCACUUAAAAGAAUAUGGGUCAAGAAGGAGUUGGGUCCGAGGCAGCUUAUCAGUAACUAGAGCAUGUUAACUAGAAUAUAAAGGGUCUCAAUAUAACAGCUUAUCAGUAACUAGAACAUGUUAACUAGAAUAUAAAAGGUCUCAAUAUAACAGCUUAUCAGUAACUAGAACAUGUUAACUAGAAUAUAAAGGGUCUCAAUAUAUCAGCUUAUAAGUACUUAGAACAUGUUAACUAGAAUAUAAAGGGUCUCAAUAUAACAGCUUAUCAGUAACUAGAACAUGUUAACUAGAAUAUAAAGGGUCUCAAUAUAACAGCUUAUCAGUAACUAGAACAUGUUAACUAGAAUAUAAAAGGUCUCAAUAUAACAGCUUAUCAGUAACUAGAACAUGUUAACUAGAAUAUAAAAGGUCUCAAUAUAACAGCUUAUCAGUAACUAGAACAUGUUAACUAGAAUAUAAAGGGUCUCAAUAUAACAGCUUAUCAGUAACUAGAACAUGUUAACUAGAAUAUAAAGGGUCUCAAUAUAUCA